CAAAGAUGAUCGUCCAUAGAUUCCUAGCCCUAUAGCUCAUGUUGUUCUCCGUCAGGAUGACCACCAUGCGGUUGACACCGCCGCCAAUCAUCCGCACCACUCCGAGGCGGUUGCACUUCAAGGAACCGUGCGACUAUAUGGCGCACCACUGCUUUAAAGCAUACAUCACGGGCGCUGUGUGCGGCAGAACACUGUACUUCCACUACUACACGUUCAAGAACUACUGCAUGCUGGAGUAUGUCAACUGUAUGGAGAGAUACCGAGUGUGGCAGCUUCUGCAUAUGGGACCCUGCUACGAGGUUAAGGAGCACGAGGAGUAUCUCAGAUAUCCGUAUGAUGACGACUACUUCUUGGACCAGUAUUAUGUUAUAGAAGACCACUGA